AUGCUUUUUGAGAUCGAAGCAGAUGCUGAGGAAAAGUCUCCAUUGAUAGCCUCCCAUGUGAAAGGAACGCUCGCUUAUCUUCCACCUGAAUUCAUUACGAAUAAAAUACUUUCCACCAAGCUUGAUGUGUACAGUUUUGGCAUUGUUCUUCUAGAGAUAUGCACAGGAAUGAGAGCUUUUAUGGAUUCACGUGUUCCUCCAAAUCUUGCCGAUUACUGCAUUAGCAGUAGAGAUGCGCAAAAAUGUGGAUCAGGACGUUCGUCUCUUGCUUGGAUCAAAGCGCUCAUGGAUAAACGCACUCCAUGUGUUCAUAACCAAGCUGCUGUUGUGGCGUGGUGUGAUGGAGUUAUGUUUCUGGGGCUGAAGUGUGCAGACAAAGAUCGACAUCUUCGACCUCCGUUUCCACAGAUCCUCGAAUCACUUUCAAAUCUGCCCUCUCUCGUCGAUUAA